AUGCACCAUCAAUACGAGCUGCAGCACUUCCACGCAACUUCACCAUCCUCCGCGAUAGCCGAUCCAUACAAAACCCUCGGCGUCGAUAAAAACGCCUCCGCCGCCGACAUCAAGAAAGCCUACUACGGCCUCGCAAAGAAAUACCACCCUGACACCAACAAGGAAGCCACCGCCAAAGAAAAGUUCUCUGCUGCCCAGUCCGCCUACGAAAUCCUCUCCGACGCCGACAAGAAGAAGGCCUAUGAUUCCUACGGCGCCUCUGCAUUCGACUCCAAUGGUGGCUUCAACCCAGGCGCAGCAGGCGGUGGCGGCCCCGGCGGAAACCCCUUCGCUGGAGGAGGAGGAUUUGGCGGAUUUGGUGGAUUCGGCGGCGCCCAAGGUGCAGGCGGUUUCCAGGACAUAAACUUCGAAGACCUAUUCGGAGCAUUUACUGGCGGACGACGACCACGAGGCGGCGGCGGCGGCGGCAGACGCAACCCCUUCCAAGAAGAAAUCCUCGUCGGCGACAACAUCGAAAUCCAAACCAACAUCUCCUUCCUUGACGCCGCAAAGGGCGUCAGCAAGGAAAUCCACAUCACGCCCCUGGUCGAGUGCGGCACAUGUUCCGGCUCGGGCCUCAAGACGGGCGCAAAGCGCGCUGAGUGCAAGUCCUGUGGUGGUACCGGUCAGAGAGUCACCAGCAUGGGCGGCUUCCACAUGUCCGCGACCUGCGGCUCCUGCGGCGGCUCGGGCUUCGCCAUUCCGCGCGGUAGUAGCUGUAAUACCUGCUCGGGCGACGGCGCCGUCAAGCAGCGCAAAUCCAUCUCCAUCGACAUUCCCGGCGGCGUCGAGGACGGCAUGCGCCUGCGCGUCAACGGCGAAGGCGACGCCCCGCUCACCGGGCACGCCAUGUCUUCAGGCAGUAUCCGCGGGCAAAAGGGCGAUCUGUACGUCCUGAUUCGCGUCGCGAGUGAUCCGAAGUUCAAGCGCAAUGGGAGUGAUAUUCUGCAUACGGCCACGCUGCCGCUCACGACGGCCGUCCUGGGGGGUGAGAUCAAGGUGCCGACGCUCGACGGCGAAGUCAUGGUCAAAGUGCCCACGGGUUCGGGGACGGGCGAUCGCGUCACACUGUCCGGCAUGGGGAUGAAAGUCCUCAACGGCGGACGGCGGGCGGGUAAAGGCGAUCUCAAGGUGGAAUUCAAGGUCGCGAUGCCCAAGUACCUGAGCGUCAACCAGCGCACGAUUCUGGAAAUGCUGGCCGACGAGAUGGGCGAUAAGUCCGCCCGCCGGGUGAUCAAUCCGGGCAAGAUGAGGGAGGAGGUCGAGAGGGAGAAAGAUAAGGCUGCGAAAGAUGGGCACCAGGGAGAGGGGUUCUUGAAGAGCGCGUGGCAUAAUUUGACGGGGCAGCAUAAGCAUUUGAAUGAGGAGGAGGAGGAUAAGAAGAAGGGGUCUGGGUCGGGGUGA